CUCCACACCAGGAGAAGGUUGCUAAGGUAACCUAAGUCCCUGGUGGUCCUUCUGCUCCUGCCCUCAUCAGUACUAUGGCAACCCUUCCCCACCUUGCACUCAGGUAGAAAGGACCCCAGCCCCAAGGACACUGAUCUCCAAGAGAAUACCUCUUCCCCAACCCCUCCCUUGUAGCCACCCAGCUGACAUUACCAUGGUAACCAUCUUCUAUGGACCAAAUCCACCAGGUGUUUUUAUUUAGAGGAGGAGUUGCUCUGCUGAGGCACAGUUACUAUGGUUACAGGGCCUGGACCAUCCCCAGGGAAGUGAGAAACAGGCAAGGCCAAGCUCUGGUUACUAUGGUAACAAGGCAGCCACCCACCCACCCCCCUUUUCCAGUGACCCUAGGAACCAGGCCCACCAAAGUACGGGACAUUUUAAGGUUGUCUCUCAGGGUGGAGCGUAUCUAGGGAGGGGUUGUCAUAGUAACAGCUUCUGUCACUUCUAGCUCUACCUUUUCUGAACAUAUUCAUGAGAGAGGGAUGGUUAUAGGUUGCUAUGAUAACUGACAUCCCCCCACCCCGCCCCACUCCUGAGAUGCCGAAGGUGGUGCUCAAGCUUAUGAGACUUCAAAUGAAGGAUUCCCUGACCUUCUGGUAGCCACUUUUGUGGGUAAGAUGAAAUUGUGCUCUAUUAUGCAGAAUUGGCUGAUUCGGGGCCUUCUGGUUCUUUCCUCAGCAGUGCAGCUGAGCUGGGCUGGAACUGCCCUCCUGGAACUCCCUCAGCCUGCAACCUAGGAGGUUGUGUGUUUGGAUUUUGUCUUCUGGAUGGCCAACCUGAUGACUGCCUUGUUCAUCCUGUGUCCUCAGAACACGGGGUCUGCCACAGAGAACACUCCGAUGCCUCUGAGGCCCAGCUAGGGCCUGACCCGGGCCCCAUGCGGCUCACCCGCUGCCAGGCUGCCCUGGCAGCCGCCAUCACACUCAACCUGCUGGUCCUCUUCUAUGUCUCGUGGCUGCAGCACCAGCCCCGGCACUCCCGGGCCCGGGCCCCUCGCCGUUCAUCUGCCGCUGGGCCCCGUGUCACCAUCCUAGUGCGGGAGUUCGAGGCAUUUGACAACGCGGUGCCUGAACUAGUGGACUCCUUCCUGCAGCAGGACCCAGCCCAGCCUGUGGUGGUGGUGGCCGACACACUCCCCUACCCGCCCCUGGCCCUGCCCCGCAUCCCCAAUGUUCGCCUGGCGCUGCUCCAGCCCGCACUGGACCGGCCCGCUGCAGCCUCGCGCCCGGAGACCUACGUGGCCACCGAGUUCGUGGCCCUGGUGCCUGAUGGGGCGCGGGCCGAGGCACCCGGCCAGCUGGAGCGCAUGGUGGAGGCGCUGCGAGCGGGAAGCGCACGCCUGGUGGCCGCCCCCGUGGCCACAGCCAACCCUGCUAGGUGCCUGGCCCUGAACGUCAGCGUGCGAGAGUGGACCGCCCGCUAUGGUCAGGCACCCACUGUGUCCCGCUGCGACGCCCUGGACGGGGACGCGGUGGUGCUCCUGCGCGCACGCGACCUCUUCAACCUCUCGGCGCCGCUGGCCCGGCCGGUGGGCACUAGCCUGUUCCUGCAGACCGCCCUUCGAGGCUGGGCGGUGCAGCUGCUGGACUUGCCCUUCGCCGCGGCGCGCCAGUCCCCGCUGGCCACGGCCCACGCGCGCUGGAAGGCGGAGCGCGAGGGGCGCACGCGGCGGGCGGCGCUGCUCCACGCGCUGGGCAUCCGCCUGGUGAGCUGGGAGGGCGGGCGGCUCGAGUGGUUCGGCUGCAGCAAGGAGACCACGCGCUGCUUCGGGACGGUGGUGGGCGACACACCGGCCUACCUCUACGAAGAGCGCUGGACGCCCCCCUGCUGCCUGCGGGCGCUGCGGGAGACCGCCCGCUACGUGGUGGGGGUGCUGGAAGCGGCUGGCGUGCGCUACUGGCUGGAGGGCGGUUCGCUGCUGGGGGCGGCCCGCCACGGGGACAUCAUCCCAUGGGACUACGACGUGGACCUGGGCAUCUACUUGGAGGACGUGGGCAACUGCGAGCAGCUGCGGGGAGCAGAGGCCGGCUCGGUGGUGGAUGAGCGCGGCUUCGUGUGGGAGAAGGCCGUGGAGGGGGACUUUUUCCGCGUGCAGUACAGCGAGAGCAACCACCUACACGUGGACCUGUGGCCCUUCUACCCCCGCAACGGGGUCAUGACCAAGGACACGUGGCUAGACCACCGGCAAGACGUCGAGUUCCCGGAGCACUUCCUGCAGCCCCUGGUGCCUCUGCCCUUCGCUGGCUUCGUGGCGCAGGCGCCUAACAACUACCGUCGCUUCCUGGAGCUCAAGUUCGGCCCUGGGGUCAUCGAGAACCCCGAGUACCCCAACCCAGCACUCCUGAGUUUGACGGGAAGCGGCUGAAGUCCUGGGGUCCAGGGGACAUUCCUGUGUUUGGGGGGAGUCUGGAUGUGGAGCAGCUUUGUGUGGUCGAUUGGGGGUGAGGGGGGUGUGGUGUAGAGGGAUGGGGAAACUCAUGGAGAAAGAAAGAAAUUAGAGGGGGCGCACGACGGAAGCCUGGCUUUGGCAGGGGAGAACCUGGCCAAAGACGGUGGGAAGCAGCACCGAGGUUCUCCAGCCCUGCCCGCCGUGAGGGUUGGAUGUGUGCGCGCGUCCUGGUAAUUGAAGGACCCGCUAGCGUUUGGCGGACGGAGCCAGAGGUGCCAGGCCGUCCUGCAAGGCCCAGCAUAGUCCCAGGCCACAAAGAAGGGCCCUGCCCAAGAUUCCAAGAGCCCUGCGCUCCGGAGCUAGGACAGAGUUUUGGAAAGCAAGAGGAGUGUAGGCUCUGGGGCCAGACUGGCGAGCUUGAAAUCCCGGCUCUACCCCUUACGGGUUAGGUGGGCCUGGGGCGGUGUCGCAGUUCUGUGCACCUUGCUUGGUUGCCUCCAGGAUUCUGCGAGUGCCCUUGGCGUCUAGCACCGAAUGAGCCCCCAGGACCUUUGGCUGCUGGGGUCGCUUACGCCACUAGAGGGCGCGUCUGCCCCGCUCCUGAUGGCGUGCUGUUUAUGCCAGGGUGACGGUAAGCCCAGUGCCAUCCCAUCUCUUGAGCCUUUGGACUUCUCUCCAAGCCCCCGUGGGGGGCGGGACAGCGAUGACUAUCUCCUCUUCUUCCGGAAGGCGACCUCCUUCUCUCCUGGGAGGGCUCUGUGAGGUGCGUGCUGCUCUUAACUCAUCUUGCAGAGGGGAAAACCGGCUCAACUCUGACGUGCGAUGUGGUCACAAACGGGUCGUGGAUCUGGGCUCCACCCCUUGUUAUUACCUCAUUAUUUCAGCUCCGCACCUGUUUCCCGGCUUGCACGGCAGGGUAAACGGUAACCAUAGUUCAUGUUUACUGAGCGCUUACUGGGUACCAGGCGUCCGUCUCCGCAGUUCACGUGGGUUAACUGAUUUAUCCCUCACCUCAACCCUCCGAAGUGACAGCUGCUAUCAUUUCCAUUUUACAGAUGAGGAAACUGGAGCCAGAAUGGUAAAAUCACUUGCCCAAGGUCAGACAGCUUAGGGAGUGGCAAACUGGGGACUUGAACCCAGGUGGUCAGGCUCCGGAGCCCGCACUGGACUUACCCACUGUGCCCCCUCUAAUGAUGGUACCCAGGAGGGGUCCGGGGAGGCCGUGCCACUUAGCGGGUAGAAGCAUUGGCAGGCUGCCUUUCUUGGUCAUGCACCUGAGUAAAGAGUAUUUGGGUAUGUGCUCCCAAUAUGUAUAUAUUUAUUUAUAAAUUGUGCACGGGUACUACUAUCCGUCUGUAUGUCAGUAAUAACACUUAAAUUAUUCCAUUUUAAAUAGCAAAUAUGAAUAGAAGUUUUUAUGUUUUCUCACCUCAUCCCAGUGACUUUUUGCACACUCGUGCAUCUGUUUUUAGAGACCACGGGUUAAAAAAAAAGCACAGGCUCUGGGGUGAGAGAGGACGGGGUUCAAACUGCAGCACUGCCACUUCCUCCCAGUCUGAACUUGGGCCUCCAGUAACAGUGUCUCUGCAUCUCUGCUUUGCAUCUGGGAAAUGGGGGCAGUGAGAUCGUUUACCCCACAGGAGUGGGUUUGGGGCAAAGGAGUUGAGAGUCAGGCUGGGUGUGAAUCCUGGCUUAGCCCUUUAUUUUCUUUGCGGUCUUAGGCAAGUUGCUGCCUCUCUGAACCCCUAAACUGGGGGAUUGGCAAUAUUGCAGAAUUGUACACUUCUUGGAGGAGGAGGCUUCAUAGGCCAGCAAGACAAACUUAUCUGCUGAGGCUCAGGCGUCCAAAGACUGAUUUCUUAUAACCCAACCUCUGCUUUUAACCACUGAGCCUGCAAAUGGUUCACAAAGAGACUGUCGGGUCCCCAGGGAACAUUCUGGAAGUGUAUGGGGACACUUUGGGUUAUCAGCAUGAGAGGACUGUGCUCUUGGCUCUUGGAAGCCGUGGCCCAGGGAUGUGGAUGCCUAACAUGCAGGCAUGCGCCCCCACACAAUAAAGUCACUCCCUUGUC